AAAAAGAGACAUUGAAUUCACGUAAAAGAACAUGUGAACGGUGAAUAGUAGAAGACAUUUUUUCUUUCCUCCCCUCCUCUCUCCUCGUCUUUAUGUCUCCAAAUUAACUGUCAGGGCCCAGUUCUGACAGAAGGUCUCCAGCAGAUCCAGGUGCUGCUGUAAGCCUUGUUUGGAGGGCGAGAGCAGCACCAGGUCAUCUGCAAAGAGCAGGAAUUUAACUUCUGUAUUGUUUAGUGGGAGUCCAGGAGCUGUAGAUUGUUCCAGUAACACAGCUAGCUCAUUAACAUAGAUGUUGAACAGGGUAGGACUCAAGCUACAGCCCUGUCUCACCCCAUGCCCCUGAGUGAAGUAUUCUGUUCUGCUGUUAUCAAUUUUCUCAGCACUUUUGUUGUCCAUAUACAUGGAUUUGAUUAUAUCAUAUAUUUCACACCCUACACCGCUUUGUAAAGUUUUAUAAAAUAAUCCAUCAUACCAAAUUGAGUCAAAUGCUUUCCUAAAAUCACCAAAACAAGCAAAGAUUUUACUUUUGUUUGCUUGAACAACAUGUUUGUUGAUUAGGGUGUGUAGGGUGUAGAUGUGGUCAGUGGUAAGAUGUUUUGUUGAUUAGGGUGUGUAGGGUGUAGAUGUGGUCAGUGGUAAGAUGUUUUGUUGAUUAGGGUGUGUAGGGUGUAGAUGUGGUCAGUGGUAUGAUGUUUUGGUGAUUAGGGUGUGUAGGGUGUAGAUGUGGUCAGUGGUAUGAUGUUUUGGUGAUUAGGGUGUGUAGGGUGUAGAUGUGGUCAGUGGUAUGAUGUUUUGGUGAUUAGGGUGUGUAGGGUGUAGAUGUGGUCAGUGGUAAGAUGUUUUGUUGAUUAGGGUGUGUAGGGUGUAAAUGUGGUCAGUGGUAUGAUGUUUUGUUGAUUAGGGUGUGUAGGGUGUAGAUGUGGUCAGUGGUAUGAUGUUUUGUUGAUUAGGGUGUGUAGGGUGUAGAUGUGGUCAGUGGUAUGAUGUUUUGUUGAUUAGGGUGUGUAGGGUGUAGAUGUGGUCAGUGGUAUGAUGUUUUGGUGAUUAGGGUGUGUAGGGUGUAGAUGUGGUCAGUGGUAAGAUGUUUUGUUGAUUAGGGUGUGUAGGGUGUAGAUGUGGUCAGUGGUACGGUGUUUUGGUGAUUAGGGUGUGUAGUGUGUAGAUGUGGUCAGUGGUACGGUGUUUUGGUGAUUAGGGUGUGUAGGGUGUAGAUGUGGUCAGUGGUACGGUGUUUUGGUGAUUAGGGUGUGUAGGGUGUAGAUGUGGUCAGUGGUACGGUGUUUUGGUAAGAAGCCAAUCUGACCUUUACUCAGGACAUUGUGUUCGGUAAGGAAGACCUGUAGACGGGUGUUUAGAAUACAGCAGAAAACCUUCCCCAGGUAACUGUUCACACAGAUGCCUCGGUAGUUAUUGGGUUCAAAUUUGUCUCCACUAUUUGCACUAACUGUAUAUCGCCUCUUUACUAUAUUCAGCAUUUUUACAGACUGUUCAUGUUUAUUGUGUUAUUACUGAUCCACAUCUCUAACUAGACUACAUAUUGCACAAGUGUAUAUUGACUUCACUACUUCUCAGCAAUAAUAUAGACUGUCUGUUUAUAUAUACUGCGUUAUAACUGAUCACUGGGUCCACAUCACUAUCUUGCCCACAAUUUAAUUUUGCACUAACUGUAUUCUGACUCUUUACUACUUCUCAGCAAGGUUAUAGAUUGUCUAUCUCAUGUAUAUUAUGUAUUCACCUUACCACUUUUGCAUAUCCAUCGACUUACUUACACCUCACUUUGUGCCGGCUUGAACUGCCUACUUAAUCUGUACCUUUGUUUGUAUUUAUUUUUCUUGUGCUAUGUUGAAUGUGAAUCUACUGGAUAUGUUGUCUUGUACGCUUACGCUUUUCUUGGCCAGGUCGCCGUUGUAAAUGAGAACCUGUUCUCCAUGGCCUACCUGGUUAAAUAAAGGUUAAAUAAAAAAAUAAAAACACCUAAAGAUAGGGGAUAUAAGCCCCCUGUUCCAGACCUCAGGGAAGCAGCCAGCUUGGAGAACGAGAUUGAACAGCUUUAGAAGGGCCUUCUCCAGCUCAGGGGUGCUGUGUUUCAGCAUUCCAGUCCUGAUGCUGUCAGGUUAGUUUGUCAGGAUGACUUCCUGUGUGUUUUCCCUCUUCUUCCUGCUCUCCCUCUGUUCCUCCAUCACUGCCGACGGUCCCACCGGACUCAAAGUGAGAAUCACCGACAAAGCGACGGAGCUCUUGAAAGCUUCCGGUCUGAAGUAUUUGAGGGAGCUGGUUAACAAACCUUCUCAGGAUAUCCCGGGGUUAAAGUGCUACAUUAAACAGUUUACAUUGACUCGUCUGGACGUGAACCCAAAUGAUGUCGUUGUCAGGUUCCAGCCGGGUUCAGGUCUUCAGUUUGAGUUCAGGGACCUGAGCUUCACUGCAGAAUUCCAAAGAGAAAUUUGCAUGUUUAAGAGGAACUUCUUAAAAGGACCGGCUGUCCUAACAGGAGAACGUGUUGGAGUCACCAUCGGAGUGAGACUGAUCCAACCCGAAGGACGUCUGAGACUCAAGAUACCGCCUGGAGACUCAGGAUGUAAGAUCCAAGCUGACAGCAUCCGUGUGGACUCAACCGGAAUAGUGGGGUUGCUGCUGACCGCUGUUCAACUCAGAGGAUAUAUCCAGAAUCAGUUCACCUCCCUGUUCUGUCCUGCUGUUAGGGAUCUUGUUGUCCCAUAUGUAAACACCAUGUUGUUGGACCUCGACAUGGAGAGCACUUUGAGCGAAGGCCACAAAAUCAACCUCCACUACUAUCUGAGUAGAGACGUCACGGUGACGUCCAACAGCCUAGACGUGCCUUUCACAGGUAUAGUGUACCAAGAUUACCACGAUGACAGAAUCCCUGAAUUACCAGCACCUUUUGUAGAGCCGGUGUUCACGGAUAAAGAAAGUAACCUGAUGGCUUACUUGGGUGUCUCUGAAGAUCUGUUUAAAACCGCUGGCUGGGCGCUCUACAACCACGGGCCUUUUGAACUGGACAGUUCAGAGGCUAAAUCUUUUAUUAAUUUUUUUCUGAAAAACGUGGGAUUGCGUAAGGGUCCUCUUCAAGUUGAGCUCACUAAGCUGCCAGUCAUCAAUAUCGACAACAAUGGAUUAUCUGUCAACGUGGAGGCCAUCGCCCAAUCUCUGGUCGAUCCACCACCUCCGCCUCUUCCCGUGGAGUGUCAUUUUAGGAUAAAGGUCAAAAUGAAUGGACGCCGUCUGAUUCUUCAGUCUUCAAGCUUCUCCAAGUGUGAUGCCAAACCUGGAACCAAAAAGGGAAAAUUUGCGGUUGUACUAGCUAAGCCCAUAAUCAGAUUGAUGCCAUCAUUAAUUAAGAUCUGGUUUAAAAAAGGAAUCCAGAUUCCUCUCCCUGAUGGUCUGGACUUCACUCAGACACAGAUCGACUAUCAUCCUGGCUACCUGGUGGUCGGGGGGGACCUGACCUUCACUGGGUAGUGAUGUCAUCCAUCCGUCUUCAACCGCUGAUCCCGGGGUCGGGUCACGGUGCAGCAGCUUCACUCAGGGACUCCAACUUCUCCUCUUCUGAGCCUCGUUGAUUGUCAUUAUUAUUAUUAUUAUUAUUAUUAUUAUCGGCCGAGCAGCAAAGCUGCAGGACUCUGUUGUUUAGGGGCCAAGCAGUUCAAAUGUUUUACUGCAUACACUGGUGUUAACAAAUACUGCAUACAGUAGUGUAAACAAAUACUGCAUACAGUACGUGAAAAAAUACUGCAUACAGUAGUGUAAACAAAUACUGCAUACAGUACGUGAAAAAAUACUGCAUACAGUAGUGUAAACAAAUACUGCAUACAUCUUCCAAAUUACAUCUUUAAUGUUAGUGGAAGAAAACAAAUCACAACAUUCUGAGAUCACUGUCCCAAAAAAUUUAUACAUAUUUUUUUUUAAUUGUGUCCUCAUCUAUGCUAUUUCAGUCACUGCAGAAUAUAUUACAGGCAUCUCCAUGUUAUGUUGCUUGUAAGAGCAGCGGUGCCGAGAGAAUUAAAUAGAACUUAUAUUUAUAUGUUUGCGUUCUAGCGCUGGGUUUAUACAGACAGUAGUCUCUCCUGGCCAGAUCUUCCUCCACAGCUCACUGGAGGAAGGUCUGACUAGUCCACACAGAAUUCCCGGAUGGGAGGACAACAUGC